CUGACAACGACAACAAAGAAAGGCAUGUUUUCCUCCCACUCGCCACUCAUUGUCAGGAGGGAAAAAUCAAACAUUCACUGUUUGUUGUUUAUUCAGCUCACACACUGACCGUCGAAAGCACAUCUACAUCUGAAGAUAAACAGCUUUAUGUAUGAAAGAUUUAUGGGUUCAGAAUGUCAUCUUGAAAUUGUUAACUCCCAUAGUUGCACUUAGGGAGGGGUUUUAUAGAAACAUCCUGAGUUGGUGACUGGAUUGUGAGUUACUAUAAUCAAGGGGAACGCUAAAGAGAAGACUUCCAAAGCAAUCAUAGGGAAUCAAGAAGAAGCUCUGUAGAUGGCAGAUGGUCUCUCCACCUUGUGAUUGCUGGAGUCGUCCUCUACUAUGCUCAAUCUCAUCAAGCUACCCCAAGUGUUCACCAUCAACCAAGUUCCAAAAGUCUUCCAUGAGGAUGGCAUCAUUACAGGGUAUCGCCACCCAUGCAGCUCUGCCAAAGACUGUGUGCUUAGUCUUUUCCAGCUAACAAAUGAAACUCUCAAUAUUUGGACUCAUUUUCUGCCUACAUGGUUUUUCUUAUGGAAACUGCUGACAGUAGUGCUGGUGCAGGACGACUGGCAGGAUCCCUUCACCUGGCCCUUGCUGGUGUUCCUGCUGUCAUGCUGUGUGUACCCACUCGCUUCCAGCUGUGCUCAUACCUUCAGUACCAUGUCAGAACGGGCCAGGCACAUCUGCUUCUUCUUUGAUUAUGGAGCACUCAGCUUCUACAGCCUUGGUUCGGCCAUCACUUACUCUUCUUACUCAUUUCCAGAUAAAUGGGUUAAUAGCACAUUUCACAAAUACUAUGUUCCUAUAGCUGUUGUCAACUCUGUGAUCUCUACUGCACUGGCCUGCUACUCAAGACUUGGCUUACCAUUUUUUCAGUAUAAUUAUCACAGCAUUAAAAGGUUUUCUGGGAAAUUAGAUCAGAAGCUCUGUAAAUGUCUAAGGAUAAUCGCCUUUGUCUAUCCAUAUCUCUUUGACAACAUCCCUCUCUUUUAUAGAAUCUUUGUGUGUGCUGGUGAGGGUUGCACUGUUAAUGAGGCCAAUGCGGUUCACUAUCAGCACACGUCAUUGGCUGUCUUCACUGGCUUUCUUUUUGCCACACACCUACCUGAACGGUUGGCUCCUGGUAGUUUUGACUACAUAGGUCACAGUCAUCAGCUCUUCCACGUGUUUGCCAUUAUUGGCACGUAUUUCCAGAUGACUGCUAUUGAACUGGACAUGGCUGCACGGAAGCAGUGGCUUCAUGCUCAUUUGCCACCAAUCACCCUUUCAGACACUGUGGGAGCUGCAUUCUUUAGUGUGAUCAGCGGGCUUUGUAUAGUAUAUGUUUUCAGUCUGGCACUUUUCUCCACCAGAGGUGUGAAGAACUAAUUCGUUUGAAAUGUGACAUUUGAUAAGGUUACUCAGGGCAGCCAAGUUAGUUUCCCCUAAAACUGAAAGAAAAAAAAAAAAUGUAUAUAUUGUAUAUUGUAGCCAUGUGUUCAAUGGAAACAAUUUUAUGAACAGCCUGAGAAGAUUUUAUUUAAUCUGAAAGAGUAUAAGUCUGUAUAAUUUAUGAUUAGGUUGUAUGUUUGAUCAGUGUUGUUUUUUCUGUACUUCAGAUUGCAUGCUUAAUAUUUGCACAAUUUAAAUCAUGUUUUUGAAGCACAUGAAUCACUUAUCAUAAUUUAUAUACAAGUGCUUUUUUACAAUCAGCCUUUUUGAACUGUAAAAUCUUUAUAUUUCUUAUAAAUAAAUCCUGUUAAUAUGUAACAUUUUUUAUUUUUACAAAAUAAAACUGAUAACCUAU